CCUUUGCCAACAAUCUGGUUUUGUAAUCUUCAUUGAAUUGCAGUCAAGCAUUUAUUCCAUAAAGGAAGUAUUAAUAUAUCAUACACCUACAAACUGGUUUAAACUUGUUAAAAUUUUGGCAGUGUUUGGAUAUUCAUACAGAGUAACACAGAUCAAUCAUGGCUGUCCCUGGUAAAAAAGUACUACUGAACUCAAGCCUGUCUCAAGGUUCUGGAGAAGAUUUUGAAGUUUUCUGUCAGCCAUGCGACAGAGAUGACCUCAGGCUCCCUGUCGCUGGGUACUGUGUAGAUUGUGAAGAGCACCUGUGUGACUCGUGCUUUAACACCCACAGAAGACCAAAACCACUUCAACAUCAUAAACUUCUAGAUAAAGACAACAUGCCACACACUCAGAAUCUGUCUACAAUGUCUAGUUCUACUAAUGUUGGACAGACAGGUGAUCUUACAUCUCCUUGCUCUAAACACACGAAAGAAGUGAUCAAGUUCUACUGUCAUGACCAUAAAGCACUUCUAUGCAGUGUAUGUGUGACCCUUGACCAUACCCGUACAUCCUGUCAGGUUGACAACAUACCUGAUAUAUCUGGAUACACUAUCGACAGCAUCCAGUUCAAAGACACUCUUAAAGAGCUUGACAAAAUGACCGAGAAAUGUCAUGAGAUUACAGUAGAUUUGAGACAAAUGGUUGCAAAAUCAAACACUUCUUUGACAAAUGUUCUUGCAGAAAUCAAACAGUUCAGGGACGAGAUUAACCACAGGUUAGAUGAACUUGAAAAGGAAACUUCAGAUGCAGCAAAUGCCCUAAAACAAGAGAAUGACACAAGGUUGAAGACUACAGAAGAAACAUGUGAUAAUGUCAGUAAAGCUCUAAAAGCAUCAUCUGAUAUGAUAGAAGAAGUCAACACAACCAAGAAAGCAGACAGACUUUUCACUGAGCUUAAAAAUGCGGAGCAACUGAUCAGAGACAGUGAAAAAAGAAUGCUGCAAGUAAAAUCCACUGGAGCUACAAAAGAAUAUACAUUUGAUCCAAGUCAAGCCAUUCAAUCACUUCUUCAAAAUGAGAAGUCACUAGGUACAUUAACAGCUAAAAUACAAAAACAGCCAAGUCCUCCUUCAGUCAAAGCUUUAAAAUCUAGGAUAAUUUCACAUCAUAAAAACUUAUGUGUCAAGACAUUAUCAGAUAAAACAGAUUGUUUCAUAACCGGAAUUGCAGCCUCUUUUCCAAACCAAGUAUUUCUAGCAGAUUAUAACAAUUACUCAAUUAAAAUGGUAGAUAUAAAUAGUGAAGCUAUUCAACAACUGAACCUAGAUUCAUAUCCCUGGGAUAUCACCACAACCACCAGAGAUGAACUUGCUGUAACAAUGCCAGGUAACCAUACAAUACAGCUGAUAUCCUACUCCUCAAACAGACUCUCUAAGAAAAACACACUUAAAGUAGAUGGAUUGUGUUAUGGUAUUAGUAACUGCCAGGGGAAAUUUGCAGUAACAUUUCAGAGACCGGCAAAACUGCAAAUCAUCGGCUUGAAAGGCACUGUACUAACAACAGUCAUAACAAACUCAAAUGGUGAAAACAUGUUCAGUAACCCAGAAUAUGUGACUACCAACAGCAAUGCUAUCUAUGUAUCUGACUAUGCAAUGCAGACAGUUAUCUGGUUAAAUUGGCAAGGAGAAGUAAUGGGUAGUUAUGGAGGGAUGGGAGCUCCACAAGGUAUUGCCAUGUUAGAUGAUGGAUCAUUCUGUGUGAGUGACAUGCAAACAGGCAAAUGUAACAUACUCAAUGUAACUGGUGACUGUAAAGAGAGUACAACUGUACUCAAGGAUUUAGAUAGUCCAAUGGCUAUUUGCAGGUGUGAUGCUACCAAAACGUUUCAAGUCAGUAACCACAGUGAUGACAAAAAAGAAAUGAACAUCAUUCAAAUCUACGAGAUGUCAUAACACAGAGAAACGAUUUUCUUCAGAUAUAACAUCAAAGUGUAAAUUAUAUCAAAAUAAUGUAAAAGUUAUUUUAGGUAAUUGCCAUAUUCUUAUAGUCAUACAUGGAAAAAAAGCUUGAACUCAGCUACCGAAAUAAUUUGCUGACCAGUGGAUUAUAUCCAUUUGGCUUCAGUAUACACAAUUUUAUGAAGGUGCACAUACCGAGUCAGUUAGUUUAAACAAUAUUUUAUUUUUGAAGCAACAUACACAUAACAUGUACAACAAAUUUUCACAUAUCAAAUACAUGGAUUGGAAAACAAGCUGAUAGCUUA